AUGGCAAACAAUAUUGAUUUCAGCUCCCUGAAGGCCAGGGCUAUCGGCUCUGGCCUGGACGAAGAGGCCGUUACGGUGAACACCCGAGCAUUGAUUGACAAAGUGCUGGCACGAUACUCAGGAGAAUGGACCGUGUUGCGAGAACUUAUUCAAAACGCCUCGGAUGCUAUGGCCACUAAAGUUGUCAUUAAGUUAGAAACUACACCUUCUACUAUAGUGCCUGCGCCCAUUGCCACGGAUGGAAACUCAGCUAUCAGGCAUGUUAUAUCGCACCAUACCAUAAAACGGCUCACACUACGGAAUAACGGGACUCCGUUCAGUGCUAAUGACUGGGCUCGGUUGAAACGGAUCGCAGAAGGAAACCCGGACGAGACAAAGAUAGGGGCCUUUGGCGUUGGUUUUUAUAGUGUAUUCUCUGAUUGUGAAGAGCCGUUUGUUUCCUCCGGCAAGGAGGCAAUUGCAUUCUACUGGAAAGAGAAUGCGCUCUUCACCCGGCGUUUGAAAUUAGAUGAGAGAGAUUGCAGCCCGGAUACGGUGUUUGUGCUUGACUAUAGAAACACUACCUCACCAGUACCGGGGCUUAUGUCUCUCUGCCAAUUUCUUGCAAGCAGUCUCACCUUUGUUGGACUAGAAGAUAUAGAACUCUGGCUGGAUGACUGGAACCUUUUGAAACUGUCGAAGAAGCUUGCGCCAGGCGUUCCAGUGGCAAUACCCAGAGACAUAUCGACUAAGACUCAGGAUGGCCUAAUGAGGGUAGCUGAUAUUACCCGAGAAGUUGCUCAGCUUGAUGCAGCUUGCAUGAAGGCUGUUGGUUGGAAGUCGCCGACUAAUUCAUCCAGGUAUGAGGGAAACCGAGUGCAUGACACCACUGCAUCACUUAGGAGCUUCUUUUCUCGGCUUACCGGCUCAUCCACAAGCGAUGAAAAACCGUCUAAAUUAGAAAGAGCUGGCCGGAAUGGUACUGAAGAAGACCUCCUUUCAUAUAACAAAUCAUCCGUGUUCCUUCAAAUUACUACAGGCCAUAUAAAGACUUCGGUUUCUUUAUCAUUUAGCCACGAAUUGGAACGGGCAACGAAGAAACCUCCCCCCAAAACAACUAAGCUUGCAAUACUUACUACAUCAUACACGGCAUUUCCUGUCUCAGAGAAACCCGAGACACAGGAUAUUUUCCGCAGCGUUGUCCCAUCCCAUUCUGGAAGAAUAUAUAUUGGUUUCCCGACUCACCAGACAACAGGUUUGAACGCUCACGUAUCUGCUCCCUCUUUGAUUCCGACUGUUGAGCGGGAGAGCAUCGACCUGAAUGCUCGAUGGGUUCGCACUUGGAAUCUUGAACUUCUACGAAUUGUUGGGAUUAUAUGCAGGAUUGCUUGGUCCGCUGAGAUGUCGUCUUUAAAGGACCAACUUCUCUACAGGCGUAAGCAGUCUGGAAGGUCGUAUCUUCAGAAAGAAGAUAUUAAUGCAGUGAUUUCGGAAACCAUUCAUAUAUCAAAUCAAUUCGUCUUCAAGGAGUCAACUCCGACUUCACAAGUAGGACAGGUGGUUGAGGAUUCGUUUUGGACAUGCAGCCAAAAUGCCUACUUGGAGAUUCUAUCCACCUGCGGUAUCCUCCCAAGCCAUCAGGUCCGGACUGCGCCAAAGGACCUCAGUUUUAUGGAUGGGAUCCCUGUUCUCCCCGAACAGCUAGUACUGGAGGCUAAGGGAUUUGUUGGGAGGUUAAUCGAGUUUGGUCUGAUCACCGAAGUUACGAUAUCUGACAUGAAAGCUGAAUUAGAGAAUAAGGCCCUGACCUCGUUGCAGUUUCAUGAAUUUCUCUCUUGGAUCAUCCGAAAAUCCACAAGCGGAGAGAUUAAUCAUGCCACUGUCAAGGCUCUCAUUGCGGUUGCCGUGGCUAACAAUGACGGAGGUGAUGGGGGCCCCGCGCUUCUUGUAUUGAGAGAUAUUAGCUGCUUCACCAACUUGACCCGUAUCCCUCCAGAAAUGCCACUACCUCCAUUUGUUUUGCCGCCUAAAUAUUCCAAAACGUUAUCAUCAAACGGUUUAACUUCAAUCGGCUGGCAGGAAUUGCAAGUUGAUACCUGGGUUCAGUGGUUGGUACAUAACUCCUCUAACCGCAACAUUCUAUCGGUAGAACAGGAUAUAACGCGAUCACAAAACUUCUCUACUCGGGUUCUCCCGGUCAUCUCAAAACAAUGGGAUACAUUAUCACCAAGCUCGAAGACUGGAAUUAUCGAUUCCUUACGGCAACAUACUAUUGUUCCCACCAAGUCAGGCAUGCGUAAACCCCAGGAGGCGUACUUCCCAUCAGUCCGAAUAUUUGACGACCUUCCUAUAGUUACGGGCCUAAAUGGCGUCAAAGAAAAAUUUUUGGUUGCACUCGGCGUGCGAAAAACCGUGGACAUUAGCAUUAUCUUUGAACGUCUUCUGAGCGGCUCUGAGGAUGGAGAAAAGGGCCAGGGAAAAUGGAGCCAUGUCGAAUUAAUCAAGUAUCUGGCUUCCGUUCGCCAGGACAUACCUCCUGAAGACACGGCGAAACUUCGGAAGGCUAAAAUAUGUUCGGCAGAGAUGAAAGAUGACAGGAAGCCUUCCCGACAGCGUUAUCAAGUCUCACAACUUUUUGAGCCAAAUGAUGCUCUAAGGGACCUAGGCUUCCCACUAUUGUAUUGGCCAGGAAAAUACGUCUCUUCGAGCACCGAGGGUAAAUUUUUACUCUCCUUAGGACUAAAGAGUACACCAACAGUUCCAGAAAUGAUAAAGGUCAUGGCAGAUGCAGCAGCUGCCAACGAUAUGAAGUUACGAGACAAAGCUAUGCGGUAUUUCAUUACCAAUCAUGUCUCCUUCAACUAUGCCAACUUUGACUAUAGUCAAUCCACGACCCCGUUUCUGCCCAUUGAAGGCGGUGGCCUAAGUAAUCCUUCUAAUUGCUUUACUGCUGAAGGAGCUGCCUUAUUUGGAUUUAAUAUUCUUCGAAAGGAUUUACAUCCCCAUUCUCUGAAAUUUGGCGUUAAUCAGCAUCCAUCCAUAAACGAAUGUAUAACCGUACUCAUUCGAAAACGCCCGGAAUCAAAAGCCCAAGCAAGAGCGUUGUUUAAAUACAUGGCCAGCCGUGUGGCGGAGAUAAAUCCAGCAUCUGCGGCACGCCUUGGGCAAGCUGCCAUCAUUCCUAUUUCUCAGAGAUCCCCAACGGAAAAAAGCCCUGCCGCACUACAUUACAUUGCCCCCCGCGAUUGUUAUCUUGGUGACUCCGAGGAUUAUGGCGAUAUAUUUGAUUUUGUGGACUUCGGAACGGAGGCAAACUUGUUUCUCCUCUCAUGUGGCUCCAAGCGGCAGCCAACGCAUUCCGAGCUUGCAUCUAUUCUUGUCAAGGAACCUGCACGAAUAUCCUCUAAACUUCAGAGUUCUGAAAAAUAUCUAAAACUGUUACGCGGGAUAGCUGAGAACAUGUCCGUCAUCAGGAAGGACAAAGCCCUCUUCGCAGAGAUGAAACGAGCACCAUUUCUGUUCUCUAGCAAGGAAAUUCCUCGCACUUCAAACACCAAGAAAUCAAUGAUAGAUAUGGGAGAAUCCAGCGAUGAAGAUGAUGACCAGGCUAUUAAAGAGUGGCACUUAACAAGAGCGUCGGAUGCUGUUAUAGUUGAUGAUUACUCCAGCUUUAGCCUGUUCAAGGAGAAUCUACUGGCUGCUCCACAAGAAGAAUUGCUCGAAGAUAUGUACUCCACGCUUGGUUCUCCGAAUUUGAGUAGUUUGGUCGACGAGACAGCGCAGUGUGGCAAUCUCAGUUCAGACCAACGUAACGCGUGGAAGCUACAAAAACUCAUCUAUGAGAGGUCACGACUUUUCUUACACGAUCUACCGCGUGAUUCAAUUCGCCAUGAUACUCGAUGGCUGGAGAAAAAUCUAACUAUCCAAUCAGUACAAAGCAUAAAGCUUCGACGCUCUCUUCGUGGUUGGGGAAUGUCACAUGUGGAAGACCGCAGCGCGGUUAUGACACAGAAACUAAGUAGUGUUGUCCUCUCAAUUUCUGAGGGUAGACCUGAUUUAUAUCAGAUCAGUCAGGCUCUUGUAAGCACUAUAUUAUUGAGGCCCAAGCUUCACUCUACUCUUACGUUGGAGAUGUUAUUGAAGACAGAUCUGCUAGAGCUUCGCGCAAGAGGGUAUAAUGUGGAAAGAAUCCUUCGCCAAAAAGCAGCAGAAGCAAGAAUAGCUGAGCAGCAACGACGGGAUCAGCACGAAAAAGAGACGCAACGGACGCAGGAAAUGCAGGGAAUGGAACAAAGACGAAUAGAAGAACUUCAAGAGUCACAACGGCAGGCAGUUCAACAACAACACGAAGCAGCUAUGCCUGGAAUAUUUCCAGAUUCCCCUACGAACUCUUCAGCCAAGCGCCAACCUCUACCUGCACCUACGGACCCAGGUGAAAAUCACCCACCAGGUGGCCUAUUUUCAGAUCUUGCAAAACGAUUUGGCCUCAGUGAUUACGCCCACAAGAAACCUCUCGACAGCAUUCAACGGGGCUCGAAAAAGCGCCUGUCUGACAAAUCUAUCCCAGGUGACCCAGGUGAAGACGAAAAAGACCCUCCUCCAACCAUUACUACUUCCCCAGAGGCUCUACAGUCACAAUUGCAAUUUGCAAUCAAUGCUUCACGGCCGUUCAAUUCGAAUGAGCUCCAUAGUCAGGAGCAACAACGGGAGAUUGAAGAGAAAAAAACAUAUUGUGAUGAACGCCCAGCUCAAGAUCUCAAGUUCCUCCGUAUGUUGGGCGGCGUGAAGAUAUUCAUUGGAAAGGAGCCCAAGGAUCCAGAUAGCUUUCUUCGCGCAAACCACUCUAAAGUGGAGGUGUUUACCACGAUAUUAAUAGACUGUGCUAAGAUAUUUGGGCUUCGUCUAGAGACCCUUAGCAUAUUCUACGACACCAGUGGUAAGACCAUUGCCUUUAACUCUGGUGGUAGCUUGUUCUGCAACUAUGCAUAUUUUGAGCGUCUCCACCUCGAGAAGGUAGCUCGAGGUGAAAGGAGGGAAGGACUAGUGUAUUGGUUUGUGAUUCUAUGUCAUGAGCUUGCGCAUAAUAUUGUGUCUGAUCAUGGGGCACAACAUGGUUUUUAUACUGAAAGUCUUGUUACGCAAUAUUUUGAUAGAUGCAAUCAAAUACUGGCAACGAAAUGA